CCUAACUAGCUCUUUUAAUUUCCAAGUUCUUUUUCAAAAUUCAAAUUCACUCCCUCUUUCUCUCUCUAGAGCAAUGGCGAAGAACGGAUCGGUUCGGACCUCGUUAGGGUCCAUGGAAGAAAUCCGUAAAGUGUUUCAGCGUUUCGACAAGAACGGCGACGGAAAGAUCUCCGGCGACGAGCUCAAGGACGUGAUUCGAGCCCUCAGCCCUUCGGAUCCGCCGGAGGAAGCGGCGCGUAUGAUGGAGGAGCUCGAUCGCGAUGGCAACGGAUUCAUCGACUUGGACGAGUUCGUCGCUCACUUCCAAAUCGAUGUCCAAAAUCACGGAGAAAACGUCGACGGAGAUAAUAACGGAAGCAAUAACAACGACGUGAAGGAUCUAAAAGACGCGUUCGACAUGUACGAUCUGGACGGGAACGGGCAAAUCUCGGCGCGUGAGCUGCACGCUGUAAUGAAGCGAUUAGGGGAGAAAUGUUCCGUCCGGGAUUGCGCGAAGAUGAUCAGCAAGGUCGACGCAAAUGGCGAUGGUUACGUCAAUUUCGAGGAGUUCAAGAGGAUGAUGAUCAACGGCGGGGCUUGAAAUCCAUUUUGUAUGUAAAAGACUGCUUCGUAGUUUGAUAUUCUCUCUAACUGCCUUCCUGAUAACCGUGACGGCUGCGCUUUUAGAUUUAGGAAUGGUUCAGGAAAAACCUAGAAAUUCCAGCAAAGCCUCUAGAUACUCCAGAAGGUUUCUGCGAGUUUGUCUGCUUCCUCCGUUUCUCUGUGUUCGAUUCGGUAACUGUAAGAUUUGUUUUUCUUUCUAGCUUUGGGAUCUUCUCUCUAACUGCCUUGAUAUGGUGGCUUAAUGUGAUAAUAAACUGAUUAUACCAUAAACAGAUUAAAACUCUAAUACUGAUAAGGGGAGUUUUAA